GAACCCUUAAUCUCAAUUUGAGUAGGUAAACCCAUACCCAUAAUUUUAGAUUGCCCAUGUAAACCCAUGCUCCUAAUUUCAAUUGGGAAUACCAAUUCAAGAAGCCAAAACACUCAAGCUCCAUAAUCAAAACUGACAUAGGAAUGGAACCCAUGAAAAACCAUUGACUUUGAGAAAGAGAUGCCAUGCAUGACCUUACUUGAGCCAUGGGAAGAGGGGUCUUCUUUUGAACUUCAAGUUUGAAGCUUGAUCUUGGACAAGACAGCAAGAUGAGAUGGGAUGGGGAAGCACGUCAACAAGGCAGCAAAGCAGCAAACUGAUGAGGAGGUAGCAAGUUCUAAUUGAACUAGUCUUCAAACUUGGUCUUGGUCUUCGACAACAAGGCAGCCCCCAAAGAGAAAAAGAAGCAAUUUGCAAUUGAUCAAUUAUGCUAAGAUGGGAAAGCUGCUAGCAACUGAUUUUCCAGUCUUCACGAGGGUCUUUGACAGCAAGACAACCACGUCAACCACAACAAUUGUAUUUAAACUAGUAUGGGCUUGGGCUGCAACCUUGGGCUUCUUAAUGAAUAGAGUUUUGUGAAGAAGGAAUGCCAAGUGUUAGUGAUGUGUUAGCCUUAGAAAUUGGGAUAGAAAUGACAUGAUCAUGAAUUCAUGAUGCCAGAUCUGAUUGGCUUAGUUGGUGGCAAUAAUCAGGUACCUACUUUUUUUCCCCUUUGUUGGUGGGUUUGUUGUUUGCUUGGCAGAUAGUCAAGCUCAGUUGCUUUCCUUGUUUGCAGGUAAAAAGUAAAAUGAAGAGUGUGGAUCACUAAAACAUAAGUUACAUAACCAAGAAAGAGAGUGCAACCAAAGCAAGAGAAAAAUGGCCUAAAACGAAGAUUCCACUACUAAAACAAAAGCUGAACGGUUGUCAUAUACAUAGCGGAAUUUUUCCUCUACACAAUACCAAAAGUUUCUAACGAGAUCACAUUAAUCUUCUAAUCUUUGUACCAGUUGCUCUUAUUUAAAAGAGAUGCUCUACGCGGUUUUUGAUCACUUGGAGAUGGAUUUUCCACAUCAAAAGUUAGGGAUACCUUGCCUAUUCAGAUGGACUUUCCACAUCAAAAGCUUGAAAACCCGUGUAUAAGUUUCAGAGUAUUUCAGUUUCAGAGUACAAAGCUGUACCACUAAUAUCGCUCCACCAAAUUACGUACACACGUUGAAAACCCAAAGCCCUCCGUAGUCUCCUAGGGCACUUGGCUCUUCGAAAGCAGCCAUGGAUGACAUGGAGCCUUUAGCAGCUUGGCACCAUAAGAGAGGGCAACGUUUCCUAUUAAUAAAACGCAACGCACAUAAAGAGUCUGAAACGGCGCAUUAACCUGCCUCACACAUCUGGUCUCAUCGAUCACAUGGUGUCGGUUGAAGCUCCACGACAGGUGUAGUGACCACUGCCCUCCACAAAGCCACAACAACUAUCUAGCACCGAAAGUGAGUGCAAGAAAUAGAUAGUGUUUUUUUUUUUUUGGCAAGUAGAAAUAGAUAGCCCCAUAGAUAUAUACAGAAACUGAUUGAAACCACCGAAAAAAUGCCUAUCCAACCAGAAGAAGAUAGGGAUGUAUCAACCCUGAACCAAAACCAGAAGCCGAAUCUAGUGACAACCCAAAACAUGUCUGACGUUACAGCAGAAGAAGAUGAAACAACAACCCAGAAGCCGAUGCCUCUGCAAGAAGAAGAAGAAGAAGAAGAAGAAGAAGAAGAAGAAGAAGAUAGAGAUGUAUCGACCCAGAACCCGAAUCGAGUGAUAAACCAAAACCAAAACCAAAACCAAAACCAAAACAUGUUUGAUGGAAGAGAAGAAGAAGAUGAAACAAUAACACCCCAGAACCCGAAUCUGGAGAUUCCGGAGGAUAUCAUCACCGACAUCCUGAAACGGCUGCCGGCCAAGUCUCUGGUUCGGUUCAGAUGCGUGUGCAAGCCAUGGGACUCUCUGCUCACGGAUCCCACCUUCAUCAAAUCUCAUCUGGAGCGAAACCGAUCCUUAUUCCAAUCCAAUCUCAAAACCAACACUCGGCUCAUUCUGGCCAGGUAUUGUGACACCCUUUUGUCUACCACCGACUCGGAAGCCAAGAACGUUAUGCAAGCAGAGGAGCUCGACUUUCCUCUGGUUAAGAAUCUGCCCUAUUACGUUAAGGGUCACUGUGAUGGGUUGCUAUGUCUGGUUAUCAACGACGGCGAAGAGGGUAUGCUUGUAAUUUACAACCCUUCGAUCCAACAGUACAGGAAGCUACCCAGCCCUGCGGGGUUUCGAAGCACUAGGGAGGCGAUUGGGAUUGGUUAUGAUAAGACUAAACAAGAUUACAAGGUUGUCAGAGUGCCAUCAAACUAUUGCAGGAUGAAGGUCCCUGGUUACAAGCCUAAAGUUGAGGUCUUGGAACUCAAGUCCAAUACUUGGAGGCAAAUCCCAGAUGAGGACACACCUCCUUAUUUCGUCGAGCAUAUUUUUCAGGCUACUGAGGUGAAUGGUGGGCUGUAUUGGUUGGUUGAGGAUCAUCAUACCGCUAGAUGUGUGAUUCUAAGGUUCGAUUUGGCUGAGGAGAAGUUCAGGGUGAUUGCGCCGCCUCCUGAUGAGUGUUCCAGGAGCAUAGCCUGGAUUGGACCUUUGAAGGAUUGGCUGUGCGUGGUGCACACUAGAAGGUUGAGUGAUGUGCAUGUUUGGGCUACAAAAGAUGACAUGACUUGGACAAGGAUCAUUACUACUUCCAAGUUUCCGAAGAUUCCAGGGAGAGAUCCGUUUAUGGAUUCGUUUCGGUAUAUGCCAUUGUGUUACACUGAGAAAGGAGCUGUGCUGAUGAGUGUCAGGGGGGAGAGGUUUCUUACCUUUGAUCACAGGAACAAUGUGUUUGAACAUGUGGCCAUCCUUGGCGCCAAGCAUUGGCUGCAGGAGACUCUGUAUUGCGAGAGCCUUGUUUCGCCGGGUGUUGGUGUCCACCAGACUGAGGCGGCUAGGACUUCUGGCUCCGGUGUCAAUCUUCUUCCAGGUGAUGACCAAGCAGAGGAGGAUGAUGGGGAGGCCGAAGGUAGCAGCAGCGUUCUGCGGAUGAUGGCUAGUUUGAAGAGGGAGCUCGCCAACUUAUUGGCUUGUACCGUUGGCCUCAGGAAUGCACAAGGUUGAGAAGACUUGUCCUUGUUCUUACUUUUAUAUCAGUAAGGCCCAGCUCAGUUUUUAUUUGCCUCUACCUGUUGUUUGUUUUGUGGAUGAUGAAUCUGCAAGUCUUUUGCUUAUAUAAGAAAGUAAAGAAACACAAACACCUAACGGCUCAAUAAUUGAGUCAACGAUGUAAUGGUCAAGUCAACUUUCACACUAGCUAUGGACGGUUUACUUCAUUCAUCUUCAUCUGGGUUGAAUUGUCUAGUCAACUUUUCAUAUAUGCAAUAAGAUGUUUUGUUGCUUUCA